AUGGACUCUCGCCCUCACCUCAUCCCACGAAGCACACACAUAAUGUGCCCAUUGUAUAUAUGCGUGCACACCCAUGCAGGCCCGUUGGUGCUCUCUUUUGCACGACACGCACCGCUGCCGUCAUGCCUGGCUGCAUGGGCGGAGCACCGUAACUGUUUCUGUUUCUAUUGCAUUGAGUGGGCGACAUCUCUCUCUCUCUCUCUCCCUGUGUGUGUGUUUUGCUUUACGGGAGCAAUGAGAGUGUGUGCGCCUGUCGUCCCACGCCUCGGCUUCCCGUCACGUGUGUGUUUUGAAUCUCUGCUUGUGUUGUGGUUGAAUGGGCGUAUUUUCAUUAACCAUCAUUUGUUUUCUUGUGUGGUGACGUUUGCGUUUCAUUUCUCUUUUCAACCAAUUAGUCUUUGUUGCCUCAGCAAGCCAAGAAAUACCUUUCCAACAGUCACGCCGAUGGUUCAGUGGCUCCUCGCCUCACCGUACCCUGCAGCGCUGCCAUUGCUGCUCAUGAUGUUGACUUUGAUGUGUUGUUCCAGCGGGUGCUUUGCUGCCAGCCUGACGUACCAUUGCACCUUUGACAAAGCGAUGCGUGUUGACAGGACAAAAUCGAUGCCGGUGGUGAUGAAAAACGUGCCUUUGGGAACGGGAAGUGCGUCGCAGACAUACACCGUCAUCGGGAGGAAUGGAUGGGCACCCAUCCGCAUCAAUGUGUCGACAAGGGACCUGUAUAAUACCAGUAUGUAUUGCACCACAAAAUAUUCUUAUGUGAAAAAUUUAUUGACAGACUAUUACGAGUGUGAGGGCAAUGCUCUUUCCUUUAAUAAGAGGAAAAUCCUCAUCGACAAUGUCGUUCCUGCAGCUGUCAAACUGCAUGCGGAUCGUCUGCUCGUCCAGCCACUGGAGGGUCCGUUGGUUGUGCCCCAAUUUGCCGCGGGCACUGUUUGCAGUCGGUUCACUGUGCCUGACGAGCAUCGUUCCGCUGGUGUUGCCAAUUCUGACAUGGUGCUGUACGUGGCUGCGGCGCCGGGUGGUGUGUGGGCACUGCCGUGCGCCACGCUGGAGGAUGGCCGUCCAGUCGUUGGCGUCAUGAACAUUGCCCCGGCCGUUUUAUUUCACGGACGCCUCGCCACCCGCAUCGCCGCGCACCUGGUGGCCCAUGCUCUCGGGUUCGCCCAUCCGCAUAUGGCCAGCCGCAGCAUGGUGAGGAAUGUUACCGGUGUGCGUGGCAGGGCGCUGUCGGUGGUGGUGAACUCGACGAAUGCCGCGAUGGCUGCGAGGGAGCACUACGACUGCGAUGACAUUUAUGGCAUGGAGCUACAAGAUCAAAAUGGGGACGGGAGUACGCUGGAGUCGCACUGGUCACAGCGCCACGCGAAGGAUGAGUUGAUGGCACCGAUUGGGGGUGCCGGCUACUACACGGAGCUGACGCUGGCUGCAUUUGCUGACCUGGGCUACUUCAAGGUGAACUGGAGGAUGGCGGAGCCGAUGGGUUGGGGCAAGAAGUCGGGCUGUGAGCUGCUGCAGAAGAGGUGCUCCGAACUGAACCUGAGUAAAUAUUCCCACAUGUUCUGCAACAUAAACGAUGGUGUCAAACGCUGCGCGUCGGAUCGGUAUUCCAGUGGUCGGUGUCAGCGGAGUAUCAUUGAAUUCUCAAAACAGCACUCAAUGGACAGUUGCCCCAUCAUUGAUCCCGCGAUGGACGUGAGGGACCUUGAGGCUGUUUUUGAGGAGGGAAAAUAUUUGUCUGCGAGGCCUGGUGAUAUGCCCUCUUCGUGGUGUCUGGACACGCUUCCCACCAACACGACAGAUGCAAGGUACCCGGGGUAUACGUAUCUGAGUGCUGCCAUGCAUGCGGAACUGAAGUGUCUUGGCAUGCAAGUGCAUCUGAAAGUGACUGAAAAGCGCGGCAUCAGUUGGGUCCCAUUCACGGACGGGGCGACGAUUACGUGGGACACACCACCCUACGAUAAGGAAAACGUCAUUUGCCCUAACUACGCGGAGGUUUGCACGAUAUCCGCCACCGGCGGCAGUGUCCUUCCCGCGGUUCGGUGGGACGGCGAGGAGAGGGUGUGGAGCAGGACGGUACGCCCGGAAUUCUUGAAACAAAGUUCACCAGAGGCGCCCGUCCCUAUUGCAGAGAGUAUUGAGACCGGCCGUGGCACCGAAUCGCAGGAUGCUGACUCAGCUGCUCUUCAGUCGAAGCCAUUGCCACAGGGAGACGCCGAGGCUGCCGUGGCGCAACACGACCACCGAGCGGGAAACAACACCAACACUCCAACAGGCAGUGAGAGGGAAGCAGCACCAGCCGCCUCUGGCGAAAACAACAAUUCGCCUACGGCCGCUGUUGCAGGAGCAGGUGAAUUUGGGACAACGCACAGCGAGGAUUUCUUCACUACGGAAGUGGAAAGCUCGAUGGGGGAGGAAGAACAAUCCGCGCCGGAGGAGGGAGCAAACCCAGCAACCCUGCAGUCAAGGGAGACCACUGGAGAUGGGGAUGCGCAGCCAGUACAAGAAAGCAUGGCGCCUCUGGCUGGAAGUGAGGGAUUGCUGCCCAAACAAAGCGAGGCUCCUGUUCCAGAAAAUAACCACUCCGAAUCCGGGAGCGGCGCGAGCCAAGAGGACCGCCUCGCCCUGCUCAACGACGCGAAAUUGAUACUGCGUGAUUGGAAUGCCGACAGCACUGCGCGUGUGUGCGUGUCUCGGGUGUCGAUGCUUCUUCUUCUGGGACUGUGUGGAGCUGUCGCAGUCUUGUGA